CGUGGUCACAAAGGAUAAUGAUAAAAGUAGCUGUAAUAACGUGUGCAGCCAUCUUUUUUGACAAUCUACUCAGUAUAUGAAGAUGUACACACCACCCGACGAGCUUCCCCUGGAACUGACCACAUUUUUCUCUUGGAUUCUUACCCAUGGCGGCUUCUUCUACUUUCUUCCUCACCCUUUCCUUGUUGGCGAUGUUUUGGGUUAUUCUCCAGUCCCACCAUGGCGAAGCCUUUGGGACAUUCGGGUUCAAUUUCCACCACAGGUACUCUGAUCCGGUCAGCACUAUCUUGGACCUCCAAGGCCUGCCGGAAAAGGGAAGCGUCGAGUACUACUCGUCGUGGGUGUCGCGAGAUAAACACCGCCGUACCAACGGCCGCCGCCUUGCCUACUCCGGCGGCAAUUCAUCUCUGCUCACUUUCGAAGCUGGGAAUGAGACUGCCCGGCUCGUUAAUCUGGGAUAUUUACACUAUGCAAAUGUCACAGUGGGCACACCUCCUCUAUCAUUUAUUGUGGCGCUUGACACCGGUAGUGAUCUGUUUUGGCUUCCAUGUGAUUGCAAUAACAAUUGUGUACGAGGUCUCUUGCUAGGAUCAGAAAGACAAAUAGAUUUUAAUACUUAUAGCCCUAAUGCUUCAUCAACAAGCCAUAUAGUUCAAUGCAAUGAUACUAUGUGUGGACAAAGAAGCCAAUGCUCGGUAGAACGCAAUGCGUGUGGCUAUAAAGUUGCAUAUCUAUCUAGUGAAACCUCUUCUAGUGGGAUAUUGGUAAAUGACGUCUUGCACCUAGCUACAGACGACACUAAACAGAAAAGCAUCAAGGCGCCAAUUACAUUUGGUUGUGGAAUAAGACAAACUGGUGCAUUUCUGGAUUCUGCUGCUCCUAAUGGCUUGCUUGGGCUGGGUACAGAUGAUACUUCUGUUCCUAGUAUUUUAGCUGCUAGUGGACUUGCUCCAAAGUCAUUUUCAAUGUGUUUCGGAAAAGAAGGAGUUGGGAGAAUACUUUUUGGAGACAAAGGCAGUUCAAACCUGAGCGAAACACCCUUAAAUCUUGACCAAUCACACCCAACUUACAAUAUCAGCCUCACACAAAUAGCCGUGGAGGGAAAUGUCACGAAUGUUGAUUUUACAGCCAUAUUUGACUCUGGUACCUCCUUCACUCUUUUAAGAGACCCCGCAUACACAAUCAUUACAGAAAAUUUUAAUUCAAAUGCAAAGGAGCCACGCCACAAAUUUGCCCCAGAUUCCAGUAUUCCCUUUGAAUAUUGCUACGAUUUAAGUCCAAAUCAAACAUCUUUUGAUGUUCCUCGUGUGUACCUAACAAUGAAAGGUGGUGACCAGUUUGAAGUUUUUCAGCCUGUAGAACUUUUGUGUACUAAGACGUGUAUGUAUUGCUUAGCUAUCGUAACUAAUGGAUCCAUCAACAUCAUUGGACAAAAUUUCAUGACGGGUCAACGGGUCAUAUUUGAUAGUGAGAAACUAGUUUUGGGCUGGGAGCCAUCAGCGGACUGUAAUGAUGAGAGUAGUAAACAAUCCAACACCACUACUACUCUUCCUGUAAACAAACAAAGGCCAGCGGCUGAAGCACCUUCGCCUACCACUAUAGUACCAGAGGCCACUUCAGGAAAUGGAGGAGCGGUGCCAACCACCCCACCUUCCGGAAACAACGCCUCACACUUGAAGAGUUCUUUCUUUGCCACACUCACGCUUCUCUCAUCUCUAUUUCUUUCUCUUGAUCAUUUUUUUUAAUACUUAUGUGCAUGAGGAUUGUUUUUAGGCCCCAUAUAUAGAUACUAGAGGAAGGCCAUGGGCGAGAAAGCCUCAAGGAAAAGGGGUUGUUGAAAUGCCAGAGAAUAAGCGGUAGUAUAUCACUCGCUUACGGAGGCACUUUUGUCGGAACCUUUUAUUGUGUCUUUCCCUGCCCUUACCUCUUUCCUCCAUAUUACAACUCAACUGCAUUUAUCUUCUCUACACCAAUAGGAAUGCAUAGAGUUCGAACUUUCACCAUUUUUAGUAGCAAAACAGUCAUACUUUUUUGUUGUAAAAUAGAAGCUCAUGUUGUAAAAUAGAACAAUAGUCACUGAUAUAGUAGUAAAUGCAGCAUUUGGUUCCCUUAUUUUAUUGAGUAUUCCCUAAAUAAGAAAAUAAUUUAACAAAAGUG